AUGAUUUGCCUUCUCCUGGUUCUGAUUGGUACAGCCGUCUCAUCACCACUACCAAGGGCCCAGUUUCAGGACGAUCCGCCUCGGUCUAUCUACGCCCUACUGGUGGCAGGUUCGAACGGGUUUAACAACUACAGGCAUCAGGCGGAUGUGGCCCACGCAUAUCAUAUCCUCAUUCAGCAUGGAGUUCCAGCCGACAAUAUCGUCACAAUGAUGUACGAUGACGUGGCCUUUGAUCCAAAAUGGCAUGCUUUCCGAUUAUAUGAACUGUUUGUGCUGAAACGCGCUCCAGUAGCAGAGCUUCAGGAACAUUUGAGCACUCACACUUCCCCGUACAUUGCUGAAACGUUUUCAGGAAUCCCAAGCCAGGCGGAUGUGGCCCACGCAUAUCAUAUCCUCAUUCAGCAUGGAGUUCCAGCCGACAAUAUCGUCACAAUGAUGUACGAUGACGUGGCCUUUGAUCCAAAGAAUCCCAAGCCAGGUGAGCUACAUAACUCUCCCGAUGGUCCUGACUAUAGGAAAGGAAUGACGGUGGACUACAGGACCACAUCAGUGAACAAAGUGGUUUUUCAAGCAGUUCUCACUGGAGAUGCUGUGAUUGCGGGAGCAUAUCCAGGAAGUGGACGAGUUUUGCAAAGCACAAAAGAAGAUAACGUUUUCGUCUACUAUACAGACCAUGGAGCGUACAAUCUUUUGGGAAUGCCGAGUGGAUCACCCAUGACACGCUCUGAAUUGGCAGCUUACAUCCAGCGUGCUCGCAGUGCUGGAAAGUUCCACAAGCUCUCUGUAUACAUAGAGGCCUGUGAAAGCGGUUCCAUGUUGGCGGGCUUGGAGAACGAUGAAUUCGGUACGCUCCGUUGA